UUUUUUUUUUUUUGAACCCCUGACCACAGCGCAUCUGCAUAGACAAUCAACCCCACCCCCGCAUUUCACCAUGAGUGUUGUUCCCCAGGAAAUUUCCAUGGACCUUCCGGUCAUCGACCUCGACGUCUACCUUAAUAACCCCGUGGACUCCCCCGAAGUCAGGGCCGAGUGCGAAAAGGCCGCAAAGGCUCUCAUCACCUACGGCGCCCUCGUACUCCACGAUUCGCGUGUCGCAGAGAAGGAUAACGAGACCUUCCUGGAUCUCCUAGAGGACUACUUUGCGCAACCCGAGGAGGACCUCCGCAAGGAUGAGCGCCCCGAGCUGAGCUACCAGAUUGGUGUGACUCUGGAGAACACCGAGAAACCCAAGUGCGCUGUUGACGAGCCAUGCCUGAACGUCAUCCAGCGCCUUGCGCCCGAGGAGAGGCCCUUGGAUAUUUCCGGCCACCACCCCGACCCCAAGUGCCGUUUCUUCUGGCGCAUGGCUGAGCAGCCGCCCUACGAGACCAAGUUUCCCGGCUUGAACGCGGAUAAUGUCGUUCCUCAAGCGCCACACAUCAAGGAGCGCUGGAACCCGGCCAUGCAGCAGUGGGGUACCUCGAUGAAGAGCGCUGUUGAGGGUCUCACUGAGAUGACUGCCGUCGGUCUUGGCUUGCCUGCUGGUACCUUUAAGGAUGCGGGUAAAUACGGCCCCCACCUCCUCGCCCCCACAGCCUCCGACCUCGUCAAGUACGGCCAAAAGGACACCAUCCUCGCCGGCUUUCACACCGACCUCAACUUCCUCACCAUCCACGGCCGCUCGCGCUACCCCGGUCUGCACAUCUGGGCCCGCAACACGGGCAAGCGCAUCGCCGUCAAGAUUCCUGCGGGUAACUACCUCUUGGUACAAGCCGGCAAGCAGCUCGAGCACAUCACGGGCGGUCUGAUCAAGGCCGGCUUCCACGAGGUCGUGGUCAACGAGCGCACCGUCGAGGUCAUUGAGAAGCGCAAGCAGCAGUUCCCCGACCGCCCGCUGAUUCGUAUCAGCUCGACUUUCUUCUGGCAUCUGAACUCGGAUCAUGACCUUGCGCCUAUUCCCAAGUUGGCGGAGGAGGCGCAUAGGUUGAGGGCGGAGCAGUUCAAUCUGGGAAGGGAUGAGGGUGAGGAGAAGACGUACCCGCCCAUGAAAGUGGGUGAGUUGGUGCAGGAGGAGUUGAAGCAUAUUGCUUUGAUGGCUUAGACGGGUGCAUCGGAAGUGGAAAGUGCAUGUACAAUGUACAAACGGUGUCGGUGGGCUGGAAGAGGCGACAACGAAAAGGCCUUGACCAUUGUUGGGUGUCCCUAAGGGAAGAGGAGAAACGGAUAUCAGAGCAGCCUGAAUACUUGAAAGGAGUACCGGUGAAUGGGCACCGAUCUCUCUCACUUGGGAGGGCACGGAGUUAUAAAGUUGCUUUCAUAUAGUCUAGCAUUGCACAUGAAUUUAUUUGUUCAAGAUUCA